GGGGUCCCCUCCCCCGCCCCCUGACGUCAGUCCGGACAGCCGCGAGCUCCUCACUUAGCUCUCUCCAUCCGUCGGGGAAGCAUGGGUCUUCCAAGGCUGGUCUGCGCCUUCUUGUUCGCUGCCUGCUGCUGUUGUCGCCGCGCCACGGGUGUGCCAGGAGAGGGGAAACAGCCUGCACCCACUCCAGAUGUGGUGGAGGUGGAAGUGGGCGGAACGGCCCUUCUGAAGUGUGGCCCCUCGCUUCCCUCUGCCAACUUCAGCCAUGUGGACUGGUUUUUGAUUCACAAGGAGAGGCAGAUACCCAUUUUCCAUGUGCGCCAGGGCCAGGGUCAGAAUGAACCCGGGGAAUACGAGCACCGUCUUAGCCUCCAUGAGGGCUCAGGGGAUACUCUGGCCCUGAGUCAGGUCACUCCCCAUGAUGAGCGAGUGUUCCUGUGUAAGAGCAAGCGGCCACGGCUCCAGGAUCACUACAUUGAGCUUCAAGUCUACAAAGCUCCAGAAGAGCCAACCAUCCAGGCCAAUGCCGUGGGCAUCCACGUGGACAGGCAAGAGCUUAGGGAGGUUGCUACCUGUGUGGGGAGGAAUGGGUACCCCAUUCCUCGAGUCAUCUGGUACAAGAAUGGUCGGCCCCUGCAAGAGGAGGAGAACCGUGUUCACAUUCAGUCAUCACAGAUUGUGGAGUCCAGUGGCUUGUACACCUUGCAGAGUGUUCUGAACGCACAGCUAGUUAAGGAGGACAAAGAUGCCCAGUUUUACUGUGAACUCAGCUACCGGCUGCCCAGUGGGAACCGCAUGAAGGAAUCUAGGGAGGUCACAGUCCCUGUUUUCUACCCUGCAGAAAAAGUGUGGGUGGAGGUAGAGCCCAUGGGACUGCUGAAGGAAGGGGAUCAUGUGAAAAUCAGAUGUCUGACUGACGGCAACCCUCAGCCACACUUCACCAUCAACAAGCAGAACUCCAGAACUGGGGAGAUGGAGGAGGAGACCACCGAUGAGAAUGGCAUCCUAUUCUUGGAGCCUGCACAGAAGCAGCAUAGUGGGCUCUACCAGUGUCAGAGCUUGGACUUGGAAACUAUGACCACACUGUCAAGUGACCCUCAGGAGCUGCUAGUCAACUAUGUGUCUGAUGUUCAAGUGAACCCAGCCGCCCCUGAAGCACAGGAAGGCGGUAGCCUUACCCUGACCUGUGAGGCAGAGAGCAACCAGGAUCUUGAGUUCGAGUGGCUGAGAGACAAGACAGGCCAGCUGCUGGGAAAGGGACCUGUCCUCCAGCUAAACAACUUGAAACAGGAAGCAGGGGGACGGUAUCUCUGCGUGGCAUCUGUUCCUAAUGUUCCUGGCUUGAACCACACACAGCCGGUCAGCGUGGGCAUUUUUGGGUCACCGUGGAUGGCAUCCAAGGAGAGGAAGGUGUGGGUGCAAGAGAAUGCGCUGCUGAAUCUGUCUUGUGAGGCUUCAGGACAUCCGCGGCCCACCAUCUCCUGGAAUGUCAAUGGCACGGCAACUGAAUGGAACCCAGAUCCACAGACAAUAGUGAGCACCCUGAAUGUCCUUGUGACCCCAGAGCUGCUGGAGACAGGUGCAGAAUGUACAGCCACCAACUCCCUGGGCUCAAAUACCACCAUCCUGGUCCUAAAGCUGGUCACUUUAACCACCCUCACACCCGACUUCAGCCAAACCACUGGCUUCAGUACCUCCACAGUGAGCCCUCACACCAGAGCCAACAGCACCUCCACAGAGAAAAAGCUGCCACAGCCGGAAAGCAAAGGUGUGGUCAUUGUGGCUGUGAUCGCGUGCGUCUCGGUCCUUGCUGUACUCGGUGCUACCCUCUAUUUCUUCUACAAGAAGGGCAAACUGCCAUGUGGACGCUCAGGAAAACAAGAGAUCACGAUGCCCCCGCCUCGUAAGAGUGACUUUGUAGUUGAAGUUAAGUCAGAUAAGCUCCCAGAAGAGAUGGCUCUCCUACAGGGCAGCAGCGGUGACAAGAGGGCUCCAGGAGACCAGGGAGAGAAAUACAUCGAUCUGAGGAAUUAGCUGAGUCACCAGUGUUCCAGCUCCCUGCUCAGACUUCACCUCAAGCGAAAACCUCCAGAUGGACAGCAGGGAAGACCCCCACUCAGGUCCCCGACAGACCAGGCCCAGAGGGCCAAGAGCUAGAACAAGAGCCAUUUGGAGGAUCUCAUUCAGCCAUGGAACUGGUUUUAGACACCAAGUCCUCUGUCCCCCACUGAGUGAUGCUUAUCCCAAGUGACUGGGCCUCAGUCUCCCAGGAGUAGGGAGGGUUUUGAUUAUUUUUCUCUCCCAAAUGGAUUUUUUUCCUCACACAGCCAGUGGUUACUAAUCCAUCUCCUGCUGUCAGCUGAGUGGCUUGCCCCUCCGAGCAGGUGUUCUCCCCUCACAGGCUGUCUUCAUGCUGACAGUAUCAUGUGAUACAGGACACUGUUCACACUGGUCCUUGAGACAACCCCCAAAGUCCAGAGGCAGCUGCUUCUGUACCUUCCUGCCUGCUGCUCUUUCUGGAUCUUUUGGGAUGUUUCUCCUUUGGACAGAAGUCAGGGACUGGUGGUAAUCCUUCAGACACAUCCCUGAGUAAAGAAGCCAUGCUGUUCUGUCUGUCUGUCUUGGAGUGAAGGCUACUAAGCCUGUUCUUCCUGCAUUCUCUCAGUGGAUAAUGGGAGUCUGAAAGGGGAGAGGUGGGACAGAGAGGACGUCUACUGUUCAUGGGGAUUAAGCUUACAGGUGUGUUAGUACCACAUUUCUACAUGUGAGCUUAUGGGCUUAGAAGAGAGUCCGAGUGGGAGAAUGGUACUUAGAGAUGAAACCUUGGCCUGGCAAGAGCUUUUGGGGUAUGUGUGCAUCUGUGAGUGUGUGUGUAUACAUACAUAAUACAUAUAUAUAUAUAUAUAUAUGGUUUUGUCUGUAAAUUUGCAAAUUGUUUCCUUUUAUAUAUUAUGUGUUAGAAAAAUAAAAGUGUUAAUUGUCCCAAAAA